AUGUCCUGCCCGGCGUGCGACAAGGGCCAGAACCGCAAGUGCAUCUGCGGUAAGAAGCGGACGUACAAACGGCGCGCGCUCGUCGGCGUCGAGGAGCUGCUCGACGGCGACACCGCGGCGGCGGCGGCGCCGCGCGCGCCGCCGCCCCCGGACCCGGAAGUCGCGCCCCCCGGCGAGACCGCGGCGGCGGCGGGCGACGAGCCCGAGCCCGACCCGCGGAUGAUGGGCCUCCGCGCGCCGCCGUCGGAGGCGCAGGCGGCGCGCGCGAAGAAACUCCGCGAGCGGGCGACGGUCAUCGCGGCCAAGGGCCGCAAGAACAAGCAGGGCGUCAUCCCGGCGGCGGUCAUGGGCAUGCUCUACGACUUCGUCGAGGACUUGGGCACGGGCCUGCCCCCCGUGUCGAGCUUCCCGCUGGCCGGCGCGAGCCUCCUCAACAUCGACUUCGCGCUCGUCCCGGGCGUCGACAUCAAGUGCGGCCACUGCGGCAGCCGGGCCGUGUGCGUCACGGGCAACACGGCGCGCUCCAAGGACCGGCUCGGCGUCGUCGUCCUCCACCGCCCCAUGCAGCCGCCCAUCUACGCCUGCUCGGCGAUCCAGACCUGCGACGACUGCAAGAAGACGACGCGCCACGACGACCCCGCGGUGCUCGCCAAAUUGGGGCCGUGCGACGACAUGCUGCUGCCGUGCGAGCACGAGCAGUGCGUCGGCACGCGCCAGCACCGCGCGACGCGCGAGUUCGUCGACCUGGUCUCCUCCGCGACGGCCUUCAGCGACGCGGGCUGGGAGACGGUGUCGCGCGAGCACAGCGAGGCCCUCGCGGUCCGGCGGUCGCGCAACCACCUCAGCUUCGCGUCCUGCCUCGCGGACUACACGGCGACGCUCGCAACGAGUCGCGCUGUGGACCAGGUAUCAGCCAUGCGGAGACGUCACGAAUGUGUCUACGGCCGCGCUCUCGCGAAAUUCGACCUGCUCGGCAUCAGGUACUACAUCUUCACCGCGCACGACGUCUGGUGGAACGUCAAGGAGGACGUCGUGGGAAAGGAGGGGGUCAAAAGAGCAAACUCGAAAUCUGGUGUUACCAGUACUUCUCACAUCUUCGACAGAUGA